ACCUAUCUGUCGCAAAGAUAUCGUCGAAGAUGAAGUUCACGUUGUGUUUUUUGGCCAUCAUCUACAGUGCUGUGGCUUUGCCUGCACAUGUAACUUUUGAAACUCCAGAUGAGCUUGACUUGUCAAAACUGGUUCCAAACAACAUUCACGUGGAGCCCAUCAAUUCCAGCCACCUGGACCUUCCUGGAUCCAGGAUCAUCGGCGGCGCAGAAGUAGCUCGCAAUUCCAUCCCUUACCAAGUCGCCGUCAUCAUCAACGGCAACAGCCUAUGCGGAGGUUCCCUGAUCUCCGCCAGCUGCGUCUUGACUGCCGCCCACUGUACCAUAAGCGCUUCCUUCGUGCAAGUCAGACUUGGAGCUCACUACUUCAACAUAGAGGAAGAAACCCAAGUACGCGUGACCAGCACCAGCAUCAAGAACCACAUCUACUACAGCGACGUAACUUUCGCCAACGACAUCUCGGUCAUCCUCCUGCCUGAGGAGGUGAACACCAACGACAAUAUUCAGGUCAUUCCUCUAGCCCCGACCACGGCGGGUACCUUCGAGGGAUCCAAUGGUCUCUUGACGGGUUGGGGAAGAACCACUGACGCCUCCAAUGCCGCUUCUCCAACCCUACGUGGUGUCUACGUCGACGUAAUCGGCAACAACCUAUGCAGGACCCUCUUCGGAAGCUUGAUAACGGCUUUUCACCUUUGCACCUCGGGAACUGGCAUCGUGGGUGGCUGUACGGGAGACUCUGGUGGCCCUCUGGUGAUCGACGGAGUUCAGGUUGGUCUCCUAUCCUUAAGUGCUUCCACCUGUGAGGCAGGACACCCGACCGUAUUCUCCAGAAUCUCCAAUUUCAGGACCUGGAUCACGGAAAAUUCCGGCGUGUGACCGAUUUUGGCAGAAAUGUGACAGACGUAAUAUGUUGAAUAAAGCACACAGAAAAAAAAACUCUUGUUUGCUGUAGUGUGUCGUUUGUUAAUGUCGUCUAAAUAUUUGGAUUUUUAGUAAUAAAUAACAGUUAAAUUAG